GGCUCACACUCAUUCACAAUCAGUCAAGCAGAGCUGACAGACAUGGCAAGGGCAGGGGGGCUGGCAGGGAGGGUGUGGUGAGAGUGGGGCAACUGAACCGGACCAGAGAGAGGCAGCAGAUGCAGCAGCGGCAGCAGCAGCAGGAGUGUUUCGAUUCUCUGACUGAAGACGCGCAGCUCCUCGGCCACUCAGCGCUCACGCGUUGAUGAAACGAUGCGCCUCCGCCGCCUCCCCGCACAGCCGCUGACCAGGUGUUGGAGCACGGAGCCGGGGCGCUGCUAACGCGACGGAAGGUGAACCCGUGUCUGCGUGCACUUGUGUCUGGUCCGGUUCGCAGACAAUCGAAAAGAUGCUGAGCAGACUGAUGAGCAGCAGCAUCAGGAGUCUGGACAGGGAAUGCAACUGCACCGUGAGACUGCUGGACGACUCGGAGUACACCUGCACGAUUCAGCGUGAUUCCAAAGGACAGUAUCUCUUUGACCUCAUUUGCCAUCACCUCAACCUGCUGGAGAAAGAUUACUUUGGUAUUAGAUAUGUUGACCCAGACAAGCAAAGGCACUGGUUGGAGUUUACAAAAUCAAUUGCCAAACAAAUAAAGUCCCAGCCUCCAUUCACUAUGUGUUUGCGGGUCAAGUUUUACCCACCAGACCCUGCUGCUCUGAGAGAGGAAAUCACAAGAUAUCUUGUCUUCCUGCAGGUCAAGAGGGACCUUUACCACGGCCGCCUCCUGUGCAAGACAUCAGAUGCUGCUCUGCUGGCUGCCUACAUAUUACAAGCGGAAAUUGGUGACUACGACCCAGGAAAACAUCCAGAGGGCUACAGCUCCAAAUUCCAGUUCUUCCCCAAGCACUCAGAGAAACUUGAGCGCCGGAUAGCAGAAAUCCACAAGACUGAACUGAUUGGUCAAAGUCCGGAAACAUCAGAGCUCAACUUCCUCCAGAAAGCCCAGAUGCUGGAGACGUAUGGAGUGGAUCCUCAUCCAUGCAAGGAUGUGUCUGGGAAUCCAGCUUUUUUGGCUUUCACGCCUUUUGGAUUCACUGUGCUCCAGGGAAACAGAAGAGUUCAUUUCCUCACAUGGGAGGAGGUGACCAAACUCAAGUUUGAAGCAAAGACUUUCCACAUAUAUGCAAACCAGAAGGAGGACAGGAAGAUCAUCCUGACCUACUUUGCUCCAACACCAGAGGCCUGUAAGCAUUUGUGGAAGUGUGGAGUUGAGAAUCAGGCCUUUUAUAAGCUGGAGAAGUCAAGUCAGGUCCGCACUGUGUCCAGUAGUAAUCUCUUUUUUAAGGGUAGUCGCUUUAGAUACAGUGGAAAGGUUGCAAAAGAAGUGAUGGAACAAAGUGCCAAAAUUAAGAGAGACCCUCCAGAGAUCCACAGGGCUGGCAUGGUACCAAGUAGGAGUUGUCCAUCUAUCACCCAUGGCCCCCGUUUAACCAGUGUGCCACGGACACGACGGAGAGCCGUGCACAUCUCCAUCAUGGAGGGUCUGGAGUCGCUUCGAGACAGUGCCCACUCCACGCCUGUGCGCUCCGUCUCCCAUGGCGACUCAAUAAUGCCUUCUCGGCGCCACAGGGUGGAUGGGAGCGAAGCAAGCACCUCUGCGGUGAUCUCCGAUGAGGCUUACAGCCCCUCAGACAGCGUUCUGCCGACGCCUGUGGCAGAGCAUGGGACAGACAUGCCUUUGGCUCGACACCUCAAUGGAGCACCUUGUAGCAUCGACGAGGAGAAGGAGUCAGAGGAGAGGGCUUCAAAGGAGAGGCAGGCUGCCGAGUUUGGCCCCAGCAAACGAUCCCUGGGUAUGGUCAAGAGCAGACAGUCACCGGAUGUAGAGGAGCUUAACAAGUUUAUUUUAAGCGUGUUGCGUCUGUUCCUGGUAACUAUUGGACUACUGUUUACCCUGCUGCUGCUGCUCAUCAUGUUAACUGAGUCAGACUUGGACAUUGCUUUCCUGAGAGACAUUCGGAAGACGCCUGAGUUCCAGCAGUUCCACUUUGAGUACUUCUGCCCUCUGCGGCGCUGGUUCGCCUGUAAAUUACGGUGGAUGGGAAGCAUAGUUGUCACCAAGUAAGAUGGAGACUGACCACCACAGACAGGUUGGGGACUUGGGAGCAAAGGAGGCAGCUUCAGUUUUAUCAGCAGGGCUUGGAAUAAGCUGCCACCACUAUGAAGAAAACAAAUCAUAUUUUAGUUGAAGAAUUCAAAUCAUAUCAAGGUAUUUAUUUUUUACAGUAACAUGGUUUUGAUUUAAAAACAAAAAACAAAAACAAACCAAGUCUAACUACUUUUAUUAGUUCAAGUUAGAGUUAACUUUAUUUUUCUAUUCAGUUCUUCGUCGUUCAGAUGUUUUUGCAAGAUAGGAGUUUAGCAAAAGAAAAGAGCGAGCAGAAAAGUAUUGAAUUAAAUCAAACUGUGAUGAAUUUACUGUGGGUAUUGUUGGAAACUGAUGUGGAGCAGUCGCACAAAAAAGCAACAGACAGUAAGAUACACAUCUAAUGCAAAAUGAAAAACACUUCACACUUCUCCUGGGGCCUCAUUUAUAAAAGUCUCCACUCACAAAAAAUUGCUUUAAGCAAAUGGAAAUAUGCAGUGGUUACUAUCCAUUCAUCCUUCUUUGUCCUGUGUCGGGACAUAGGAUGCAGUCUUUAGCUAUCCUAGGCAGGCUUCACCCUGAGCAGGUCACCUCUCUAUUAUUUCAGGGCUGCACAGACAAACUCACUCCAAAAGGACAAUUUAGAGUCACCAAUAAAGCUGUGAAAAAAAAAUGCUUCAGGUCUGUGAGGGGAAGUCGGAAUGCCUAGAAAAAGAAGAACAUGCAAACUUCUAAAAGAAAGAACCCAGACGGGAAGCCAGUUCUGCUAACUCUGAGGCAACAGAGCUAACCACUGCACCAGGGGUCUGCAGCCUGAGCCUCUGGAGCCACAUACAGCUCUUUUAUCCCUCCAUGAAGGCUCUUUGACUUUAAAGUAAAAUGCAAAAGCUUUGAAAUAAUAAGUUAGUUAUUUGACAUACAAUGUAUUUUAUUUUGAAAGGAACUUUUACAUGCUGCUGUCUAAAAUCAAUUAAUUAAAAUUACUACACACAUGGAAAAAAAACACACAAUUUUAAUUCAACUAUUGCAAAUAUUUAAAAGCUAAAUUUUAUACAUAAAAGAAUUAUUGGGCACAAGUUGUAUUUUUCCAAACAAUUAAGUGGGGCCUCACAUUAGAAAGUCUUUAGAAAAGCUAAUUUGGGGACAUUUUUAAAUUAUUGUAUAGCUCUACGAGGCAACAUACAUAUGACAACAUAUUUGUAAACAUGUCAUCGUAAAAAAUGCCUAAAGACGUUUUCAAUCAUGAAUGGGCUAAAAUCCAAUAUAUCCCAUAAAUAAAGUUAUCACAUUGCAAUCAAUGAUGCGAGGACGCUCAGAGCUUUAAAUCUGAAGGACUGAUAAUGUGCAACAGGCAGUUAGGAGCAACUGGGAAUAAGAAAAGCAUACAGACUUUAAGAUGUUUCUUUAUUGUGCCACAGAGCAGAGCAAAAUAAACAGUAAUAAUUUUUUUAAUAUAAUAUAUCUGCCAUUAAACAGCAUCUGUGGCUGAAACAGUAUCAUCGGCCUGACAGUGCACUGAAUAAAGAAGUCAGCAGACAGUAGUAAAGGAAUUUUAAAAACUGUAAUGUUGAGUUCUCCAUGCUGCUUUCUGAUUGGCUGAGUUUCUCUUGAAUGUUUUACUUCCUAAAUUUACUUUUUCUGGCUAAAUGAGGGCGGAGAAUAGGAGGAGAACAAAUCAUCUGCAUACACUCAAAAAAGUAAAGGGAGCUCAGCAUAAAAGAACAGGUUAAAUCUAAACAUUUUCACAUUUUUGUGUUGGGUGCUAGCCAACAGCGCAGAAAUCCACGUACAGUUUUAUAAAUGAGGCCCCAGAUCUAAAAACACAUUUAAAAAAUGUGUUGCAGCAGCUCAAAGGUUUGUAAGUUCUGUUUGUGGUCAGAUCUGUGUUAAGUGUUCUCACGUUAUUACUGUCGUCCAAAUGCUGAAGUUAAAAAACUGACAAUAAGUUAAGCCUCUAGGAACAUAGGUAGCCAUUACAUAAGUAAUGGAAUAAAAUUCUUAAAUAGGAGCCAAAACCCGUAGUAAUACAAUCAGUGUGUGUGUGUGUGUAAGGACAAGUAACUUUUCUGUGCUUUUACAGUAGAUGUAAAGGUGAAAGGACAAUAAGUAAGUGUUUGACUAAUUCUUUAAAUCCUGCAGUCUCUUGGAGGGUUAAAUCUAAUGUCCUUUGUAAAAAUUUAGCAGUAUUUUCCCACAUUUGAUGCUGCUUUUCCAACUAUUCUUAGCAUUAUUCUUUUUGUUUUCCAGGUCUAGAUUUGUCUUUGACAUCUACUUGGCCUAGUUGUGUUGGACUUUUAUGUAUUUGUCUCUUAAAUCUGGAAAAAAACAAGGAUUUGCCCAAAUUACUGUCCUGAUGCUGUGUAGAUGUUUCCUUGCAGUGACUUUAGCAUUUUUGUAGUAUUUUCUUUUGUGUUUUUCUAAAGCCUAAGACAAAUCAUGUUUACAUCCUGUUUAACCUCCGUCACCAUAUUUACCAAAGAAGCCUCUGUUGUCCCAUUCAAGUCUAUUUAUGGCAAAAAGGGGGAAGCUCUUUUUCCAAUGGUCUGCCAUUCUUUAGGCUUGUUACGCUUAGUUUACCCGUUAGUUUAUAUUUUAUUUGGAAAAUAUUUCCUGAAGGUUUCGCAUCUGUUUUGUCUUUAUAUGAAAAUGUCCCCGCGGGGUGUAGGUCCAUUUAAAUGCCCUCAUGGCUGCUGAAAACAAUACUUUACUUAGACAUGUAGUUCAUCCAAAGGCUUAGAUCAGUGAUUGGCAGGAGUUUAUGGCCUUGGUGGCGUUUGACCGUAGUGUUCCCGGCGUUAUCCUUUGAAUGGAAUGUUCUAGAAAUGUGCAGUUUUUAAGGUUAAAAACAGCUAAAGUUUUGCUGGUGUACAUUUACUAAUACAAAGAUAAACUCAACAGACAUGAAUAUUUCUCCAAUUUUUUUACAAUUGUUGCAUUAAGACUAAAAAUGUUAACCAACAUUUUUCUAUCAGUUUUCAAAAAAGCCUUACUUAAGAUUUCACCAAUUAAUUAGUUUUGGUCAAAUAUGAAUCUUGAAAUGUUUUUCCCUGAAGAAAAGAAUGACAGAAGAUUCUGUCGAGAAUACAUUUUAAGGCCUGUAAACACGUUUGUUUCCGUCAAAAGAUGAGAAAAUAUCUGUAAUUCAGUCAAGCGGUCUUUUAGAUGCAUGUGGAGAAGCCUAGCAGCUGUCACUCCCAAUGUCACUUCUGAGUUUACACACCACAAUUUUUUUUGGCUUUCUGGAAAUGUUUUAGUUUAUGGUGUGAAUAAAUGCGUUAAAGAUUUAAAUGCUAUAAGGACUUUUAAAACAACUUUCCUGAAUGUGAAACUGUAUAGUUAAGCCUAAAAAAUACAAUAUUACUGGUUAUUGGAUCUCAAUUUUUGGAGUCAUUUUUAUUAUGACCAGUUCUAUCAACAUGACAAAGACAUUUCACAGCUCCACUCCCAAGCAGUACUUUCUUGCUUUGUUCAUUUUACUGAAUCACUAAUGUUCCUCCCAUAACCAUCCUACCUGUAUGAAGACCCGGCACAUGACAAUGUCUCUGUAAGCAUGUUUAUUGCAUUUAUUACCUCCAAACAAGGCUGCUUAUUUGCAAUUGUUGACUAAACACUGGUGUAAGCUAUGAAUAAACAUUAUUUAUUCUUUA